AUCGACGAGUGCAGCACUGGAAGCUAUGUAUGUGACAUAAAUGCAAACUGUACUAACACUGACGACUCUUAUAUCUGCGCCUGCAAGGAAGGAUACACCGGAGACGGGCAUUCAUGCCAAGGUAUAAUCAUUGCAUUUGACCUAACAAAUAGCGGAAUAAAGUUUCCCACAAAUAUAAAAACUCUUUCCAUUAAAACUUAGAAAUCUGAUGUUUUUCUCUCUGUCUAGUAACGUCUUGGCAAUUCGUUUUUGUUCACAGAUGUCAAUGAGUGUAGCGAUGGCAACCAUGUUUGCGAUGUUAAUUCGAAUUGUAACAACACAAAUGGUUCUCAUAUUUGUACCUGCAAAGAAGGAUACGCUGGAGAUGGACAGUCAUGUCAAGGUGAAUACGAGUAGUCCACACUGCUAAAAACAAACAGCUUUGCUCCUAAGCUAUUGCCCAUGAAAAUUAGCCCACAUUUUAGAGGCCUGUUUUGACGCACCACUAUCGUAUUUCUAUUAAAUUACCUUUUAUACAUCACUGACGCUGCUAGAUAUCGACGAAUGCAGCAAAGGAAGCCAUGAUUGUGACAUAAAUGCGCACUGCACCAACACUGAUGGCUCCCAUAGCUGCACCUGUAAGGAAGGAUACACUGGAAAAGGUGAAUCAUGCCGAGGUAAAAUUAGAUUAGACUUUGAAAAAAAAAAGCAGAAUAACUGUUCAUCACAAAUAAUUGCCUUGUCAUCCAAACAAACUGGCUAAAGAUUUUUUUUCUCUAUUCAAUUACCCAUUGAAAAUCUUUUGUGUUCACAGAUGUUAAUGAAUGCAACGAUGAUGUUUGUGAUGCUAAUACUAACUGUACCAACACUGUUAAGAAUAUAUGAAAGUCAAAUAUUUGAACUGCAGAUAAACGCGUAAAUGAAAGUGAUCCUCGCAGUAAUGUGUACUACUUAGGCAGUAGUGGAAAUAAGGCCUGUACGGGAUUUGAACACAUGACAUGUUGGUUCUAAAUAAACCCGUGAAGUGAUGAAUAAACGGUUAAGAAUAUAUGAAAGUCAUAUAUUCGAACUGCGGAUAAAGACGUGGAUGAAAGUGAUCCUCGCAGGAAAGUGCACUACUUAGGCAGUAGUGGAAAUAAGGCCUGUAAAUAAUUCAGGCUUGUACGGGAUUUGAACCCUUAACUUUUGCGAUACCGGUGCAGCGCUCUACCAACUGAGCUAACGAGCCAACUGGGAGCGGGUCAUGAUGUUGAUUCUAAAUUUUUACCAACACUAAUGGUUCACAUAAUUGCAUAUGUUAGGAAAGAUACAUUAGAGAUGUACAGUCUUGCCAAUGUAGAUUAGAAAAGCGACACCUUAUGUCGAGCAAAGCACCUUUCCAUAACCAGAAUUGUCUUCGUAACUGGGCUAACGAUCAAGAGGCAACGCAAUGGUUUUCACACCCCGACCUCGUGUUUCUAUUAAGUUACGGAUAUCAUAAUAUGCAUAGAUACACAAUUUUUGCUGGUUUAAAAUAUAAUACGUGCGGAUAUUUUACGAGUGGCCAAAAGUGUUUCCGAGCCCAGAAGGAACGAGGAUAAAAGAAGGCAUAAGCAUGAGAUAUAUCAUACCACCAUUACCUGGAAUAUUUUUCUCGAAUAUGCGGCGACGCUCGGAUAACCACCCCCCCCCCCCCCCCAACCCUUCUCCUCCCUCAGUUUUUUAAAUAGUAUAGAUACAAGGAAAAUCUGUUUCUACUGCCACAUUUUUUUAUAUAACUUUUCAACCUUCGACAACAGCGCAAUCAGUACAGCAGAAUAAUUUUUUUUCCAUACGAAAUUUUUCUAUGUUCAUGAGUUUGCAGAGUUCCUUUAUGUAUUAUCUAUUAUUUUGAUUUUAUGUCCUACUCCUAAGGUAAUUUAAGAAGCGCCCCUCUCGACUAAUCGAUGACGCACCCCCCUACAAAUAAGUGCCCACCCCUCCCCCCCCCUCAGUUUUAGCCGAAAUUUUCAGUAAGUGCCUAAGCGCUCAUUGAAAAUGUCUAAUAUUUCAAUUAUUAAAGUAUACACAGUAUCGCUUGAGGAACUAGACAUGUAUCUUGCGGGGUUUAUUCGCUCUUUUCGACUUAGAGACAGAGAAUAUUAUGAACCUUCAGGCUUAAUAUGCCUUGUUUCAAGUUCUGAGAGGUACUUUGAUAUUUUUUGCUUGCUUUCAGUAUGUUGCAUUAUUUCUAUCGAGAAGGGAAAUUUAUGUGGCUAUUAUCUUUCAUGAUCGAUUUAUAAACCAUUGUCUGUUUGACAAUUAAAUGCUAUAAAGGACGAAUUUACUCUCCUUAUGUAAUGUAUACUAUAUAAUAAACCUAAUACAUCACAUAUAGUCAGUCCGUACGGUAUAUAAACAAUCGUUGCUUUAUAUCAAACAUCUCACUCGUUUGCUGCGUUCACUCCCUCGACUUUCGAUACUACGAUCUCGCGCGUAAAUACCAUAAAGAAAGACUUUGCACGAAUUAUUCUAUUUAUAUCAUAUGUACUACCAGAUAUCGAUGAGUGCCUCAAUAGAAGCCAUGCUUGUGACGUGACUGCGAAUUGUACCAACACUGACGGCUCCCACAUCUGCACCUGUAAGGAAGGAUACACUGGGGACGGACACUCAUGCCACGGUAUAAUCAUCACAUAAGACUUUGCAAAUAGCAGAAUGAAGUUUCCCACAAAUAAAAACAAAACUCUUUCUUUGAAAACUCAGAAAUUUGAUGUUUGUCUCUGUCAAGUAACGUUUCGGCAAUUCCUUUUUGUUCUCAGAUGUCAAUGAGUGUAGCGAUGGCAACCAUGUUUGCCAUGUCAAUUCGAAUUGUAACAACACAGAUGGUUCUCAAAUUUGUACUUGCAAGGAAGGAUACAAUGGAGACGGACAGUCAUGUCAAGGUGAAUAAGAGUUGCCUACACUAAUUAAAACAAGCAGCUUUGCACAUAAACUAUCGCCCAUGGAAAUUAGCCACAUUUUAGAGGCCUGUUUUCACGCACCACUGUCAUAUUGCUAUGGCGUUACCUCUUAUACAUCACUUAUGCUUCUAGAUAUCGAUGAAUGCAGCAAUGGAAGCCAUGAUUGUGACGUGAAUGCGAAUUGUACCAACACUAAUGGUUCCCAUAGCUGCACCUGUAAGGAAGGAUACACUGGAAAAGGAGAGUCAUGCCAAGGUAAAAUUAAAUUAGACUUAGAAAAAAGCAAACCUUUCAUCAGAAAUAAUUGCCUUGUUAUCCGACAAACUGGCUAAGAUUCUAUUCAGUUACCCUUUGCAAAUCUAUUAUGUUCACAGAUAUUGAUGAAUGCAACGAUAAUAGUCAUGUUUGUGAUGGUUCAUAUAAUUGCAUCUGUAAGAAAGGAUACAUUAUAAAUGGACAGUCUUGCCAACGUAGAUUAGAAAAGCGAUACUUCAUGUCGAGCAAAGUAGUUUUUCAUAAUUAGUAUUGUCUUCGUAACUGAGGUUAUGAUCAAGAAGCAACUUAAUGAUUUUCACGCCCCGACCUCGUAUUUCUAUUAAGUUACGGGUUUCAUUAUAUGCAUGCAUUCACAUUUUACCAAGAUUUAAAAUAUAAUACGCGCAGAUAUUUUACGAGUUGCCUGAUAUUUUUCCGAGCGCGAAAGGAACAAGGAUAAUUAAGAGCAAUGAGCAAGAUUUUCUCUCGUAUUAUUUGAUAAACCAUCGAAUAUGUGAUUUAUUAUUAGUUCCUCACUUUUUUAAAUAGUAUAGAUAGAAGGAAAAAUCUCUUUGUACAGCCACACUUUUUUUAUAACUUUUCAACCUUCAACAACAGCGCAAUCAGUACAGCAGAAUAAUUUUACUUUCAAUUUCAGAUUUUUUUAAAUCUUCAUGUGCUUUCAGAGUUCCUCUACGUAUUAUCUUUUAUUUUGAUUUUGAUGUCCUAUUGCUGAGAUAACUUAAGGCGGGGUUCCACCUAAAAAAGUGACAUUUUUGCAUCACUUGUGACAGCUAUGAUUUUCAUCAAAAUUAUAGCACACUAUACAUCAUUAGAAAGCUAUCGGCCUGAAGAUUAUGAAAAUGUGUAUUUGAAUGCGGUAUUUUUUUUGUAACCUGAUACCAAACCCCUUAAAUAGCACAUGCUGUGGCUGACCUGGACCUACUUGAGAAAGGAUUUUUUACAUAUAGUUUCACAUGAAACAUGUAUUUUUACUAUUUUUCUCAAGUAAACAGAUUGCUUACUGGGAUGAAUGAAGGACUUUGCAAAAUUUCAAAAUGUGAAGCCUCAACACCCAUCUAAAGUUGCGCAAUCAAAAUUAGGAAGCAUUUCUUAAAAUAACCUUUUUUCUAAACACUUAUGACAAAUUCCUUCAUUCAUCACAACUAACUCAGUGAGACCCAGCUAACCUGAAAAUUUCAGGUCAAUAACUCAAAUCCCUCUUGAGUUAUCUCUUCUCAAAGGCAAAAAUGCCGCAUUUUGAGAAACGUAGCCUUAAACUUCAGAAAUGAAAUAAUUUGGACGGGACUGCAUAGGUACUUGAUGCGUUUCUUUUGUAACCAUUCCCAACAGAAGGAAAAGCACUAUCAUAUUUUACCAACACAAUCAAUCCUUGUAUGAAAAAGAGAUGAAUGUAGGCCUAAAGAAAAUGGUGAUAAUGACACAUUUGUAUUCAAUAAACAUUCAAAAAUCUCAACUGGCAAAGGGAGACUUGAUGGAAGGGCUUACAGGACAGAACAACGUAGUUGAAAUUGGGGGAACCGAGAAAAAGUCUGGUGAGUGGUAACAUGAAGGGCCUGUCUCUAGAACCACAAGACAGAAAGACUAAGGUUCCCAAGCUUAUGCGCGGCAAAUUUUUCUCAAUUAAUUUUUUUAAUGCUUAUGAUUUUACAGAUAUUGACGAGUGUAAAGGAAGUCACUCUUGUCACGUGAAUGCUACAUGCACGAACACCCUUGGAUGA